AUCCCACGUACUGGCGAAACGUGGCUCAGGAAGAGCUGUUGCUAUCACUGCAACAGCCGACCAGAGGCGUCGCCAAGAAUGUGAUUCUGUUUCUGGGUGAUGGCAUGGGCCCCACCUCUGUCACUGCCGGGCGGAUUUUUGCGGGACAGUUGCUAGGGAAAAAGGGAGAGGAACAUAAGCUCAGUUUCGACCGUUUUCCCUACACGGGACUGUCGAGGACGUACAACGUGAACACACAAGUGACAGACUCCGCAGCGUCAGGGACAGCCUACAUGACCGGCGUCAAGACUAACCAGGGCGUGCUGGGUCUCAGCGCCCUAGCCGAGAGGGGCAACUGCAAUUCUAGCAAAGGCGCGGAGGUUCAGUCCGUUCUUCGUUGGUCUGCGGCUGCAGGUAAAUCUACAGGUGUGGUCACCACCACAAGAAUCACCCACGCCACACCUGCCUCAUCCUACGCCCACGCCGCAGAAAGAGACUGGGAGAGCGACAGGCUGAUACCAGAGUCUGAACGUAAUUGUGAGGACAUCGCUUUGCAGCUUAUCACUCGAAAUCAAGACAUUAACGUCAUCCUUGGAGGAGGUCGCGCCUAUUUCUACCCGGAAAACUUUUCCGACCCUGACCCUGACCCUGAGUUUGACACUGAUGAGGUCAGCAGACUGGACGGCCGCAACUUGGUUGAGGAAUGGAAAGAGGAUAAGGCUCAACGGAACCUCACCCAUCAGUUCGUGUACAACAAACAGGGUCUCUCUAAUGUCAACCAUGUGGAGACUGACUACUUAUUGGGACUCUUUAACCAAGAUCACAUGACUUACGAACUGGACAGAAACCAAACCAACGAACCAUCCCUGGCGGAAAUGACACACAAAGCUAUCGACAUUCUCAAGAAGAACGACCAAGGAUUCUUCCUUCUCGUAGAAGGUGGCAAAAUCGACCACGGUCACCACGCCAACCGAGCACACAACGCCCUGAUGGAACUGGUGGCCAUGGCUGAAGCCGUUGAGCUGGCCCUCAAAGUGACCGACGCUAGCGAAACUUUGAUCGUGGUUACAGCUGACCACUCUCACGUUUUCAGCAUCGCGGGGUAUGCAAACAGAGGCACGCCCAUUCUUGGUCUGAACACGGAUGGCUCUAAGCUUAGCAAAGGGACUGAUAAGAAACCUUACACUACACUUCUGUACGGAAACGGGCCUGGCUACCGUGCUCAGAGACAGAAUCUGACCAAUGUGGACACAACUGACAAAAAAUACAGGUUCCCUGCAGCUGUGCCAAUCUCAAGUGAGACUCACGGUGGCGAGGAUGUAGCCAUAUAUGCUAGCGGCCCUCAGUCUUUCCUGUACACGGGAGUUCAUGAGCAGAACUACAUUCCCAUUGUAAUGGCAUACGCCUCGUGCGUCGGUCCCUAUGGAUCAGGCGGGAAAGAUUGUGCAAGAAGCCAGAGCAGAACCUCCGGUUGA